GAAAACAAUCCAUUGACAAUUCAAAUAAUCAGCAUCAUAAAAUUAUUCUCUCGCCACUAGAGGCUACAUUAAAAUUACGAGAGAAUCAAUUAUCAUUUUUACUUCAACGUAACAACGGAGUCUAUCGUUAUGAUACAAAUCAAUUAGCAUCAAAUAACCCAAUCGAGGAUACAAAAUAUGAAUUAAUUGUUCCAAGUUCAAAGAAUGGUGGCGAUCGUUUAUUUUUUGGUGUAUUUGAUGGCCAUGCUGGUUGGAAUACUUCGCAACUAUUAAGUAAAAAAUUAAUUCCCUAUGUUAGAGAACAACUUGAUAAAGCUUAUGAUGGAUAUGGUGAAUAUUCAAAAUUAAUUUCAAAUAAAGAAGGAUUAAUUUCAAAAGCUAUUCAAAAUGGGUUCACUGAGUUGGAUGAAGAGAUUGUUUUUCAUUCGAUUGAUAGAUUAAUUCAAUCACAUCAAGAGAAUAUCGCGUGGAGUGUGCGUGUAUUAUCACCUCAAGAUAUUUCAUGGAAUAUGCUAAAAAUGAAUAAGUAUAAUCUGAACGCUCAGGCACAUGAUACUACAAUCGAAUUGAUUCGACAAGUGUUAACUCAAGGGGUCAACGUGACUGAGAUAUAUAUUGACACGGUAGGGCCUCCCGAGUCAUAUAAAGCAAAACUUUCAAACAUAUUUCCUGGAAUAGAUAUAAUAGUAGAAAAAAAAGCAGAUAGUAAGUAUCCCAUUGUGAGCGCUGCAAGCAUUUGCGCUAAGGUCACACGUGAUCAAAUCUUGAAGCAUUGGACAUUUGUUGAAAAAGAAUUAAAAUCAUCAAAAAUAUUUGGUUCUGGAUACCCUUCAG